AUGGCCACAGAAUGCAUUGAAAAAACCGAAGCUUCUUCAACAUCACCUAUUUCAGCAAAAGUUCUAAUGAAAAGGAGGUUUAGAGCGUCAACCGAUAGUUUCCAACCAAACAAGAGACACUAUGUUUCCUCAGCUCUCUUUGGUAAAAAUUUAAGAAGAUCAAAUCAGCCACCAACUUCAAAAGAUGAAUCUAGGUUAGGGAGUGGUGAUAUUCAAUUUCCUUCGGUUGAACUUGCUGAAUAUUCUAAUGAUGCUUUUGAUGCAACAAUUCAUUCAACAUUGACAUCUGAUCUGUGCAGCUUUCAACAAGCCACUCCAGUUUCUAAAACUAAAAGAUUCAACCAUGGAAUCCAAGCUUGGCUCAACAAGAUUCAAUAUUACAGAAGUCCAUUUCAUAAAUUGAGACCUGAAAGAGAUCACAGCUUCAUCGAUAGAAAUAUUUUGACUUCCCCAGUUGAAGAUUUACCUGAAGAUGCUUAUACCUGUUAUAAUAAAUUUAGAACUCAAAAUUUCAGUGAUUUUUUUGACACAUUUAAAAUUCAAAAGGCAAAUUUAUCCAUUAAUAACGUUGACAUUACUGCUUUCCCCCCUUUGAAUGAAUUAUCUUAUGAAAAUCUUCAAGAUUUAAGAGACCAACUCUUUGCUUUACCACCAUUUUCAGCUGGCUCCGUUAAUACUAUUAGCAAAGAAGUCACCACAAGUUGUAAAAUAUCGGAAUUUUUAGGUGACGAUGGUGAAGAGACCAAACAAAACGAUACAAAAGCAAUUGGUACAGAUUCUGAUUCUCCCAAAUUAGAGAUCCAGGAUUUUGAAGCAGCCCAAUUCCCUUCUAGCGAGCUUGAAAACAUUGUUGAAGAUGAAAAGUCAUCUAAAAGUGAACCUAAAAAAGCAUCAUCUCCACCACCUCUGAACUCAACUGAAAGUGAAAUAGAAAGCCCAACAGACAGUCAAGUGGUUAUCAGUUCCAUAGAUCAAGAGACCCCGACAUCAACCCCAACCCCAGAAAUCAUUAGACACUUGGUCAAUGAUACAAUUGAAAGUGGUGACCAAUUCGAGUUAGAUUCAACACAGUUUAGGCAGGUGGAUAGCUUAUCCGUCAACGAGCAUGUAUUGACUCCAAUUGAACCAAACAGUUCCCUAUCACUUCAAAGAUCAAGAUCCAUGUUGCAAAGAGUUAUAUCUGUCUUCAAAGGAGAACCAUCACCAAAUUAUGAAACUCUGUCAAUGAGUAGUAACUCAACAUAUUCACCAAUUUCAGUUGUUGUACCAGCAUUGAAGCAAAACCAUAGCAUUAUUUCUGACAUUGCUGAAAAUCUAACCGGUGGACAACCUAUAGAUCCAAUUUAUCAUCCAGAUGACUUUUAUUCUCAAUCAGCUCAAGAGGAAGAUAGUGAUAAUUUCGAUAUAAGAGACCCACAGUCAUAUGAAAUAUCUCAUGAAAAUCCUUCAUCUUCUCCAACCUCACCAGAAUCUCCAAAUACCUUUGAAUCAAGAAUUGCAACAAUUAAAUUUGAUAAAUUUGCACACCUUUUAUUGUAUGAUGGUUCCAGACGUUCUAGAUAUAGCAGGGUUAAAAACCAAUUGCAGUCAUACAAUCAGUCAAAAUUAGAUUCAUUUGAAGGUAUAAAAAGAGAAAAUCUUUAUAAAAAUAGAGGUUCCCUUUCCUUAAGUCCAACUUUAUCACCAAACUCAUUGGGGAAAUUUAGAACCAGAACGUUGAAGCUUGCCAAAUUUUCUAAAUUCACCACAAUUAAUGCGUGUCCAAGUAUCGAUGAGAUUGUUGAAUGUCCAAAUGAUGAUGAUAUCUUGAUCCCUGUUAGACCGAUUUUGAAAUCAAAACACAACAAAAACGCUGAUUUGGAAUCUAUCAGAGCUAGGUAUUGUGAUGAAGUUGCAGUUGAUGAUUUUAUGGAUUUCUUUGAAAAUCACGAGCAGCAACGACUGGAGAGUGAAGUGUAUUUGGAAAGAGUCAGGGAAAGGCAACUAAUGACUUAUUAUUCAAGUGAAGAGUCUUCUCCAACAACCAAUGACACCAUGUUUAGUGACUGAUUUAGGAAAACAACAGCAGAGUUAUAAUCAACCUCAUCACAACCAGCCAAAGGCGACACAUUUGUUAUCCAGCUCUGUUUCCAUGAAAACAACAACCAAUUGAUCCUCAAAGAUUUUCCCACUUUAAAUAGCGACGUGACA